GCCGAGCGAUAUAUCACACGUGGUAUUUAUUCAGCGCAUCCGAGCCGUCUGAUACACUUUUGUACGGUUCGGAUUAAAACUCUCUUCUCACCCCAACAUUUUCUCUCUCAUUUUUUCUCUCCAAAUCUGAGCCGUUCUAAAAUAAAAAGAAUGGUUCGGAUGCGCGAACAGACACCACAUAGUGCCCAUGUACCCGCUGGGCACUGAAAAAUUUUCCGGGCGCAUGGGUAUGGAGGUUGCUUUCUCUCUCUCUGCAUAUUACUGUACUUCACAACUCUCUCUCUCUCUCUCUCCCUGCAUAUAACUGUACUCCACAACUCUCUCUCUCUCUCUCUCUCUCUCUCUGUAUAUUACCGUACUCCACAAAUGAUAGCCCCUUUCUGAUGGAGUAUUGAAGUGUUAAAGUUACAGUGGUACAUACAGCCGUAUAUCUGUUCUGUUCAAGAUCGCAGAGAUCGAAGGCCAAUUAUCUGUCUGCUGAGAAGGAAAUUCACAUCCCCAUAUCCAAACAGAAAGUGGUACGUACAGCCAUGUAUCUGUUCUGUUCAAGAUAGCAGAGAUCGAAGGCCAAUUAUCUGUCUGCUGAGAAGGAAAUUCACAUCCCCAUAUCCAAACAGAAAGGAGCAGGUUCGUUGGUCGUCCUUAACAGACAACCACCAGUACCAUUUCCGUCGCACCAAAUCCACAGCGUCGCAAACAUGAAGCAGCAAAGCACAAGACACACUCAACAAUCACAUGUACCACUCUCUCUCUCUCUCUCUCUCUCUCUCUCUACAUAUGCAAUAAGUAUAUGGUGCUUUCUCUCUCUAGAAGUAGUGGGAGUCCUUGGGGUUUUUUCUCUUUCUGUCUCUCUCUCCGUGUAUUUUGCGAUGACUCGGGGGGAAUCUCGGAGAAAUUGGGCUGAGAUAUGUUGUUUCGGUUGCACGUGCCUGCAGCUGUUCUGGCCCAAAGUCGUGAUGCGCAAGUGGCUCAACAUCAGUGCCAAGGAGUCCGAUUACAGCGCCGACACCGACACCGACGACUCCGAUCCGGAAGAAUUUUGUGAAUGGGGGAGAGGAGUACCGCGGUUUCGGAAUGGCCAGAAGGGGGAUGAAGUUGACAAUGAUUUUGCAGAUGCUUUUCCCGGAAUACGAAGACGAAAAUCGGAGACGUUUAGGACACAAUAUAUAAACACAAAGGAAAUCAAAGUAUGUGUUGGCACAUGGAAUGUUGGAGGGAAGCUUCCAACUGAUGACCUAGAUAUCGACAGUUGGUUGGGUAUUGGUGAGCCUGCUGACAUGUAUGUGAUUGGUUUGCAGGAGAUCAUACCAUUAAAUGCUGGGAAUAUCUUUGGUCCCGAAGAUUACCGCCCAGUGCCAAAGUGGGAAAACAUCAUUCGUGAAACUCUUAAUAGAAUGCGACCUUCAAAGCCGAAAUUUAAAUGCUACAGUGAACCCCCUUCUCCUUCACGAUUUAAGCCAUCAGAAGAUGCCCCGGAUGUAGAAGAUGAACUCAUGCUCGAAUCAGACAGUGAUGGUGAGGAGGAAAUCCACCCAUUAAAUGAAGAAUUCAAUGGUUUUAAUGAAGUCAGGGAUGAAUCAUCUGCAGGAGAAAUUACGUUUGUGAAUUCUGAAGCUUCAGUCUCUAGUGAUGAUGCCAGUUUAGGCAUCCCAGUUCAUCAGGACUUAGAGAGGCAAUUUUCUUCUCCCAAGAGGUUGGACAGGUUGAAUUGUCUUAGAACAGAAGAUUGUAUGGAAAAUGAAGAAGUAACAGUUUCUCAAACUAGAAAAUUCGUGAAAACCCUCAGUGGGACUGAAAGGAUUGGUUUGAGCUGGCCAGAGCCCCCACUGGACCUUCUGGCUAAACAUGUUUUAAACAGACCUAAUUCCUUUAUGUCUGUUAAAUCUUUCAAAUCUUCCAAGUCUUUUGGAGCAUAUCAUUCUUUCAAGUUACCCAGGCCUGGUGAAAAUAGACUGCAAUCAGAGGCAGCUUUGAUGGAGGAACUUGACCUUGAAUCAAAUAUGGACCGGAAAAGAAGACCCCCUUAUGUAAGGAUAGUAAGCAAGCAAAUGGUUGGAGUUUUUCUCACCAUCUGGGUUCGCAGAAGCUUGCGAAGGCACAUCCAGAAUUUAAAGGUGUCAACUGUUGGUGUUGGUGUUAUGGGCUACAUUGGUAACAAGGGGUCAAUAUCAGUUAGCAUGUCUAUAUACCAGACGCUAUUUUGUUUUAUCUGUACUCACCUAACAUCAGGUGAAAAAGAUGCGGAUGCAGUUAAAAGAAACGCUGAUGUGCAUGACAUACUUCGAAGGACUCAAUUUCAUUCUAUUUCUUCUAUUGGACUUCCCAGAAGCAUCCGUGACCAUGAGAGAAUAAUCUGGCUGGGUGAUCUAAAUUAUCGUAUCAAUUUGUCUUAUGAGAAAACACGAGAGCUGAUCUCCAGAAAGGAUUGGUCCAAGUUGGUGGAGAGUGACCAGCUUAGUCGAGAGCUCAGGAAAGGUCGUGCAUUUGACGGAUGGUGUGAAGGCUCGUUAAAUUUUCCACCAACUUAUAAAUACGAGUUGAACUCGGAGAAGUACUGUGGGGAGGAUCCGAAGGUUGGGAGGCGUACUCCAUCAUGGUGCGACCGUAUUCUUUCAUUAGGAAAGGGAAUGAGGCUAUUGAGCUACAGGAGAACAGAGCUCAGGCUAUCUGAUCAUCGACCUGUAACUGCAUCGUACAUGGUAGACGUCGAGGUGUUUUCAUCUAGGAAGCUUCAACGGGCCCUCACAUUUACUGAUGCAGAAAUUGAAAGUCGGGAAGGACUUGAGGUUGGCUACCUAAGAUCUGGAGAAGAUGCAGCCUACCGGGAGCGUUAGGAGGAGGGGUUAAUUCCUAACAAACUGGAAGAGGCUAUGGUUAAGGGGUCUUUUUGGAACUUCCUUUAUACUGUGCAUUUAUUCAUUCAAUUGCUAAUGUCCAAUGGUCGAGGUUGUAUAUCGCAGCGUGUGUGUGUUUGUAUAUAUAUUUUUGCUUGUAGCUUUGAGAUACAGUUUUGGUUUCAAAAUUUGGUUCCGUCACUGUAAACAUUAAUCUUAUGUGACAACAAACAUCCACCUUACAUGUUUGAUAGUAAAGCAAAAUAAUGCGCACUUUUGUAAGCCAGGUAAUAAAGUUGGUACUUCUUUCCUUAA